AUGGAUCUGGCGGUGGCGGCUGUGGGGGGCGCGGGUGCGGCGCCGCAGCACCAGCAGGUCCGCGAUGAGGUGGCCGAGAAGUGCCAGAAGUUGUUCUUGGACUUCCUAGAGGAGUUCCAGAACAGCGAUGGGGAGGUCAAGUACCUGCGAGAUGCUGAGGAACUGAUCCGGCCAGAGCGGAACACACUGAUCGUCAGCUUUGCAGAUUUGGAGCAGUUCAAUCAGCAGCUCUCUACCACUAUUCAGGAGGAAUUUUACAGGGUUUAUCCUUACCUGUGUCGAGCAACAAAGGCUUUUGCCAGAGACCACGGAAAUGUUCCUGCAAACAAGGAUUUUUAUGUUGCGUUCCAGGACCUGCCUACCAGACACAAAAUUCGAGAACUGACUUCAGCAAAGAUUGGCUCCCUGCUGCGCAUCAGUGGGCAGGUGGUUCGUACCCACCCCGUGCAUCCCGAGCUGGUCAGUGGAACCUUCCUGUGCCUCGACUGCCAGACAGUGAUCAAAGAUGUGGAGCAGCAGUUCAAAUACACCCAGCCAAACAUCUGCAGAAACCCAGUCUGUGCCAACAGAAGGAGAUUCCUGCUGGACACAAACAAAUCAAGAUUUGUUGAUUUCCAAAAGGUGCGCAUCCAGGAGACGCAGGGGGAGCUGCCGCGCGGCAGCAUCCCGCGCAGCCUGGAGGUGAUCCUGCGCGCAGAGGCCGUGGAAUCCGCCCAGGCGGGUGACAAAUGUGACUUCACUGGCUCACUGAUCGUCGUGCCUGACGUGUCCCAGCUCGCCACACCAGGGUUGCGUGCAGAAACCGGCUCGCGGGUGACGGGGACAGAGGGAUAUGAAACCGAGGGCAUCCGGGGGCUGCGCGCCCUCGGCGUCCGGGAGCUCUCCUACAAACUCGUCUUUCUGGCUUGUUACGUGGCACCCACAAACCCACGGUUUGGUGGAAAAGAGCUCCGAGAUGAAGAACAGACUGCAGAAAGCAUUAAAAACCAAAUGUCUGUGAAAGAGUGGGAAAAGGUUUUUGAAAUGAGCCAAGAUAAGAACCUUUACCAUAAUCUGUGCACCAGCCUCUUCCCUACUAUCCAUGGUAAUGAUGAAGUAAAACGUGGGGUCCUGCUGAUGCUCUUUGGAGGAGUUCCCAAGACCACUUCAGAAGGCACUUCACUGCGUGGGGACAUCAAUGUCUGUGUUGUUGGUGAUCCAAGUACAGCCAAGAGUCAGUUCCUAAAGCACGUGGAUGAGUUCAGUCCCCGUGCUGUGUACACCAGUGGCAAAGCCUCCAGCGCUGCAGGUCUGACGGCAGCUGUGGUGAAGGAUGAGGAGUCCCACGAAUUUGUCAUCGAGGCUGGAGCACUGAUGCUGGCAGAUAACGGUGUUUGUUGCAUUGAUGAAUUUGACAAGAUGGAGGUGCGGGAUCAAGUAGCCAUUCAUGAGGCCAUGGAACAGCAGACAAUAUCCAUUACUAAAGCUGGAGUGAAGGCUACUCUGAAUGCCAGGACCUCCAUUUUGGCUGCAGCAAACCCAGUUGGUGGCCGCUAUGACAGAUCCAAGUCACUGAAACAAAAUAUCAACCUGUCAGCUCCCAUCAUGUCCCGCUUUGAUCUCUUCUUCAUCCUCGUGGAUGAGUGUAAUGAGGUGAUCGAUUACGCCAUUGCCCGGCGCAUCGUGGAUCUGCACUCCAGAGUGGAGGAGUCUGUUGACCGUGUCUAUUCCUUGGAUGAUAUCAGAAGAUAUCUACUGUUUGCAAGACAGUUUAAACCAAAGAUAUCCAAGGAGUCUGAGGACUUCAUAGUGGAGCAGUACAAGCGGCUGCGGCAGCGCGAUGGCUCCGGAGUGGCCAAGUCCUCCUGGAGGAUCACAGUGAGGCAGCUGGAGAGCAUGAUCCGCCUGUCUGAGGCCAUGGCCCGCAUGCACUGCUGUGAUGAGGUUCACCCAAAACAUGUGAAGGAAGCUUUCAGGCUUUUAAAUAAGUCCAUCAUUAGAGUUGAGACUCCUGAUGUCAAUUUAGACCAAGAUGAUGACCAGCAAAUGGAGGAUCAAGAGGACCAAGAUGGAGUCAAUGGUGAGGCAGAAGCUCCAGCUGGGGUCAAUGGCCUUGUGAAUGGGAUCAAUGGCCAUUCUGAGGAUGUGAGCAAGGAUGCUGCACCCAAAGCUUCUCUCAGGCUGGGCUUCUCUGAGUACCGACGCAUCUCUAAUCUCCUGGUGCUGCACCUCAGGAAAGCAGAGGAAGAAGAGGAUGAUGCAGCACUAAAGAGGAGUGAACUUAUUAAUUGGUAUCUAAAGGAAAUUGAAUCUGAAAUCGAAUCUGAAGAAGAACUAAUUAAUAAAAAGAAGAUCAUAGAGAGAGUCAUUCACCGACUUACACAUUAUGACCACAUUCUGAUCGAACUGUCCCAGUCAGGACUGAGAGGAUCCAGAGAAGAGGAGACUUUUGAUGAUGAUCCAUACCUGGUUGUCAACCCCAACUAUCUGCUGGAGGACUGAGGGCUGAGAAUGGCAUUGUAACCAGACAUCACUGGUUACAAGUUGGAAAAUGCAUUCUUUUCUUGCAGGGCUUGCUGUGUGGCUAAUUGCUUAAAUUCCUAUGACUGUGCCAGAGUGUGGUCAGUAAUAUGUGAUUUCUCAUUUACACUGAGCACACCUAGAAAGCUUUUAAAGACAUCACACACAUGUAUUAGUUCCACUGUUAGCUCUGAAUUUCAGUGCCAUCAUCUGGAUGCAGAGGAGAAUCACCCAAUAGCUAUUUUCAUCAUCAAGCUAUGUAGAUGUUUCUAUUUUAAAUAAGAUUGAUUUUACAUUGUUCUUCUUUAGUAGACAUUUUAUGCUAUAGGUUUUUACUGUUUUUCUUAUUAACAUAAAUAAAAGCUCAUUAAAUGU